CCCUGCAGCGAGCGAGGAGCCCCGGUUCUGAAGCUGAGCUCCAGAGAGCGCUGUUUUGCCGGCCGAGGAGGGGAACUGCGGGUGCAGCAGCUGGCCAGGCGCAGGGCGCUGGACCCAGGGAGGGCAGUCUUGCCUCUGCGCCGCUGAUGGGCUCACGCCAGCGGGGCCAGAUAUACAGACUGAGGAGGGGAACAGAAGCAAGCAUACAGGCAGUGUGAUCCCUAAAAAUCUACUUUCUAUACUGGUUCUUUUCUUGGUCUCCUCACAGGCAGCGUCCUUGUGAAGACAACCCCCUCUGCCUACUCCUGCAGAAGACCUCUGCCUGCUGUUAUAGCUGCCACCCACUGACCUUCCACUGAAGUAAAGAAUCAAUAGCGUGGAAUGCUCGGGUAAGCUGAAUUUCCUCAGGUGAUGGCUUGACAUCAACAGAUUGGGCAAAAUUCUCCACAAUGGAGAGUAUGAAUGCAGGUGACUUGUCAUCAAAAAGAGAAGAAGAUCCACCCCAGAGUCCCUAUUCUGUUGAAACACCAUAUGGCUUCCAUUUAGAUCUUGACUUCCUGAAGUAUGUUGAUGACAUUGAGAAAGGAAAUACUAUUAAGCGGAUUCCAAUUCACAGGAAGGCAAAGCAUCCAAAAUUCAGCACUCUGCCUCGGAAUUUCAGCCUUCCAGAAAAUGGAUCCAAGGCCUAUUCCGCACCCCAAAGUAGAAGCUUUCUCACACAGAGGAAGGCCUCCUUAGGGACAGAGGAAAGUACCCUCCUUGUAACAUCCACAGACUCAUCACCAUCUUCAGACUGUCUAAAUGAGCCAAGUUACAGGAAAAAAGACUUUUUGAUAGAGACCAUCAAACAAGAUUCUGUUACUCUUGAAGAGGAAACUAGUAAAGGUAGAGGGAGGCCUCAGCUGCUGAGGACAUCAAGUAUGCCUGCCACACUUCCACCAGUCCAAAAUUCAGAGCAAGUAGUUCAGCUAGCAGCAGGCUCUCCACGAUUAGAACUUUUGCAAUCUGUGGAUGGAGAGGGGUUAGAAUUGCAUUUUACUCCUACAAAAGAAUCAUUGGAAUUAGAUAGCUCAAGUGGUUCUUCAUUAAUGGUCUCUGAAAACCUAAGAAAUUUGAAACCACCAAACAAUAAGGUAGCCUAUGCAUGUCAGAAACAUACAGGUCAAGAGGAAGCUAUUCCUGUGCUAGAUAAACAAGAAGCAGAGAUUUCUAAGGAGAGAAUACAACCAAAAGCUCUGUGGCAAAGCCAGUGUUUCAUAUCUGAAGAAUGGCUUAUAGUUACUGAAAGUGCAGAGGAAGAAAGUAGUGUAAGAGAGACAAAUAACUGUCUGCAGUUAGUCCAAAGUGAACUAGAUUCUUCUGGAACUUUGGAAUACAUGCGUGAAAGCCAGUCUCAGGAAGAAAUGGAACUGAAUAUAUGUGAGAGUGUUCCAGAGGUACUUGAGGAGGAGGAUGGCAGCAGUCUUGGUACUAGUGAGAUGGGGGCAGCCUUGCACCUUGAGUCUUUGACUGAUGAAGAACCUAGCAAAAUAAUGGUCUUGAAGCAACAUAUCGCCAUUUUGGAAGAACAGCUAAAUAACAAAACAGAGGAACUUGAGCAGAUUCGUGUUGUUUUGAAACAGCAAGAUAAAGAAAUCAAGGCAAAGGAGAGAAGUAUUGAGAUGCUGGCAAGCUCCAAAGCUCAGCUGGAAGAGAAACUCUGUUGGGAGAGCACCAAAGACAUUAAACCAUCCAUGCAGGUUAACAAUGCCCUACAGUAUCACGAUGCUGCUGUGAAUACUGAAAUUGUGCAUGAAAACGUAGUUAAAAGGGCACCUGACAAAGGGAUCAAUGGGAUCAUCGCCAUACCUAAGGAAUCUGUUGGAUGUGAUGCUCUUGGGGCUAAUAAUACGAAUCUACAAUUCAAGGAAAUAAGUAAAGAGAUUGUCAAUGCAGACCAUGAGAAGGCAAGCAUUCCUGUUAGUGCUGGAGAGAAAUGCAGCAUAUCUUCUGGGAUGGAGCAGGGUGCUGAUGGUUCCGUUCUUGAAAUAAGGAACAAUGAACUGAAGAUUGAUGAGCACAUUGAUAAUAACAAAUAUCGGAAUGUAUUAUAUCAAUGUGGCACACAGUUGUCUUCUGCUAAUGUUCCAACUGUCAGAAGCUGUUCAGAAACAGAGUUUGUUGAUGCAGAGGAAGGAGGAAAUGAAACUGGUUUUGAAAAAGAUUUUAAGCAAGAUUUGAAUGAGGAAGAGAGCCACCAAGAACCAAUGGGUUCACCUUCAGAUCCCUCCAUAAGCCAUUAUGUUAAAAAAAUCCAGGACCUUUUACAAGAACAGUGGAUGUGCCUGGAACAUGGCUAUCCAGAACUGGCCAGUGCAAUUAAGCAACCUGCCUCGAAGCUCAGUUCCAUUCAGAAUCAGCUUGUUAAUUCCUUGAACUUGUUGCUCUCUGCCUACUCAACACCAAGGCCAACAGACAAGGAGAAUUCCAACACACAGUAUCAACAGUUGGAGAUCUCUCCAAGCACAAGUCUUAAAUCUAUUAUGAAAAAGAAAAACACUGGUUUACAUUCAGGAGGUAACAGCACCAAAAAGAACCUUCAAUUUGUUGGGGUAAAUGGUGGUUAUGAAACUACAUCCAGUGAAGAUUCAAGUUGUGAUGAAAGCUCAUCAGAAGGAAAUUCAGAUAGUGGUCCUGAGAGGAAGUAUGGCAGUGAAGAGUGCAAACGGGAAGAAGGCAAUGGAGGUGAACAAACAGCAUCUGGUCUUUCACAGUACAUGAGGACAGAAGUUGCUGAUUCAGAAGAACUAGAGAGAACUACAAGAGAAAGUACACAGCACAAGACAGAGAGAUUUAAACCCUCUGCUGAUUUUCUGAAAGGAUGUCAAAUCUUGAGCAAAAACCUGUCAGAAAUAAGGACCACAAAGGACAAAUUUUUGAGGCAUAUUUUAAGCACCAUUUGCCAGGAGUGGUUCCGAGUCUCAAGCAGGAAAUCCUCCAGCCCUGAAAUUGUUGCAGCUUACCUCCAAGAAGUUGAGGCAGUUCAUCCGCAGUUACAGAAUAUAAUUGUAAAUUUAGCAGAUGGGAAUGGAAAUACAGCACUUCAUUAUAGUGUUUCUCAUUCCAACUUUCAAAUUGUGAAGCUGCUUUUAGAGACAGGUGAUUGUGAUGUAAACCAUCAGAAUAAGGCUGGGUAUACAGCAGUAAUGAUCACACCACUAGCAUCGGCAGAGACUGGUGAAGAGAUGGAGGUGGUCACAAAGCUGUUGAAAGAAGGCAAUGUUAACAUAAGGGCAAGUCAGGGUGGCCAGACUGCCUUAAUUCUAGGUGUGAGCCAUGAUAGAGAAGAUAUGGUAAAAGCCCUGUUGGCAUGUGGUGCUGAUAUAAACCUUCAGGAUGACACUGGAUUGUCACCUCUUAUGGUUGCUUGUCAGUAUGGUAACAUUGAGAUUGUGAAGCUUCUCUUGAGUCAUCCAGGCUGUGAUAGUAACUUAACUGACAAGGCUGGUAAUUCUGCAUUGUCCAUCGCUUUGAAAUCUGCCCACGCAGAAAUUGCAGAGAUCCUCCAGGCCCACGUACAGCACAGUCUCUGAAUACAUAAAGGGAAAUUGAAAAUUAUGUAUGUCAGAAUGAAGAAUUGAUAACAAAAGACUUAUUCAUUUAGCCAGCUCUCCAACAAGUUUAUAUGCCAAUUAUUGUAGCUGAUAACCGCUUAUUUCUCUACAUAUGGAAAGGAGGAACUAUGCCAGCUAUUUGCAUACAUUCCUAAUCACUGAGUCACCCAUUAAGUCUGCUUUUAGGGUCUUAACCUAUGCACAGUGGCACCAAUAAUCCAAAAUGGCUAUUAUUGCAUUGUCUUUUAUUAACCGUAAUUGUACUUUCAAAACUUGCUGGUCUCUUACUAAACUGGUAGCUUCUUCAAACUUAUUUUGUAACUUGCUAAACUGUUUGUCCUUUGAUAAGGACAGUGGAUCAAUUCAUUUGUCCCCAGGCAGUAGUUCUAUAUUUUCCAAGAAUGAUGGCAGAGCAUCCAUCAAAUAUGGAAUGUUGUAUAUUGAAGGGUAAGUAUUUUCAGUUAUGACAACACAAACAAAACCAAAGUUGUUCAAGGUUCAGUGAAGAUACAGAUAACAACAGCUAUUAUUUAUAAUAUUUAAAGUAUCCUAAUGGCCCUAAUGCUAUCAAUCUGUACCAACCACCAACAGGAUAGAUCUGCCUCCAUGCCAGGAAAAUCUGUCUUGAUUCCCUUAUUUUGUGCCUGGGUCUCCCACUGGAUCUUGAACAUCCAUUGGUUGCUGUGUAAGGGUCUCAGAAAGUACCAAUCCUACCAGUAUAGAGCACAUGUCCUUAUCAGGGUCAUGGAUCAACUACCAGUGUAGUACCACUGGUAGCUACUGCUGUGUUAUGGCAGUAGUCAGGGCCUGAUCACAAUACUGCCCCCCCAAAGUAUUGACAGGUACCAGUUGCACUGAUAUCAUGCCUGAGGACCUAGCUAGGUGUUACAAGAGAGUUCUGUCCUCUCUUGUAAUUUAAUUUUAUGCAACAGGUAUCCCAUUUACCCUGUGUGAAAUUAGACAUUACCAAGAGAGAGCAUGUUUCUUUUAAUGUCUAGUUAGUCCUUGAUGCCAGCUUCUUUGGCACUGGAGCACCACAUCAGUAGAAUAAACUAUGAAUACUGAUCUUUUACACUGGAAGUUCAGCCUUUAUUCCUUAUAGCAUAAAAAUUUUAAGCACAAUAAUAAAGCAAUACUAAAACUUGUUUUUGUAACUUUAGAUAAUAGUGUCAUUUGUAUCACAAAGCAUGUCUCAACUAACUUGUAAGUUGUAUUGUGAUAUUUAUUGUUAUUGAUUUCUUUAAAUACCAGCAGUCAGUGAUUAUUUGGCAUAUAGCAACAAAUACAGAUUGGACUAAUUAUAUACAAAUAUUGUAUUUGGUUUAUAUGGCUCUGAUGUAAGAAUGAAAAGCUAAUUGUUUAGGUAUAUUCAAACAUACAUGAAUUAGUUUCUGUAUAUUGUGAAAGCAAGUUUGUUUCCCAUCUAUUUGGAAAUACCACGUGUGGCUUUCUUGUUUCUAAUUGAAUUUAAAUUGGCCAGCCAAGAAGAAGCUUUGGAAUAUCUCUUACUAGAAGUUCAGACACAAUUAAGAUAUUUUGCACUUUAAAAAAAAUGAACACAAAAAACAAUAUGACUUGAUCAUAAACUUCCCUGGGAGGAUUACAGUUGUUUAAGAUAUUUUCAUAUUUAUGUUCUGAAGAGCUAUUUCUGAUUAUGGCUACAUAUGGAAGGUGCCUUUUGGGCAAACAUCUGUUCUCUGGUUUCAUCAGACUAAAAUGCUGGAUAUCCCUAACUUGGUAGAUUGAAAUCUGUUGUAAUAAUUCAGUUGUCAUAUUGUUCUAUUUACUGAGUAACCUUCCACCCACAGGGUAGUCAAAGUUCUUCCAUGGGUUUUGGCAGCCUUCCAGGACUCGCUACAGUGCAUCCAAAAGGCAGAUUUUUUUAAAUUUUCAUUGUUCAAUCACUAUGAAUUACAAACAUACAUGCCAUAAUCCCAAGAACUGGGCAAUCAGUUAUUUCCUUCCAUUGAAGCUUUUGGUUCUCCCUUAAAAAAUAGCAGCAGCUGCUUCAUAUCCCUGCUUUGUAAAGCUAUUAUUUACUUUAAUGUAAUGAACUUGACAUAUUAGUGUCUUUUUUCAGAUUUGGUCAUGGAAUGAAAUGUUUGAAACUCCUCAGUUUAGGUAUAUCUAUGUCAGGUCAUUUUUGCUUCUGGGAUGAUCAUGUUGCCUGACCUUUUAUCGAAGGAUUUCCCUUGUUUUUUCCCUUUCCAACAUAGCCUCUGUGACUUCAACAGUUGCAUGAUAUACAGAAAUACAACAAAGCUACACAAUUGAAUUCUAGCAUACCAUGCAGUUGUUAGCAGUGUUUUGUUCAGAAAAAAGCAGUGAUUCUAUUCCUGUAGCUAUUGAAUGGAGGUAGGCGCUGCUAAAUUUGAACAGUCACAUCUGAGCAGGGAAAGUAAGGUUCAAAUAUAGGGUAAGAGAUUUGAAAUAUUAAAAUUGCAUUCCUUCAGCAUUAUUAUGGUAUAAUGAAUGGAAAUUAUAAUUUGCAUUAACCUACAUAAAAAGGAGAAUGAAGCAGAUGCGACCUUUGUUGUAAGCUAUAAUUGAAAUUAGUCUUGUAAAUGUGUUGACAGAACACCUAUUUUAAUUCUAAUAAGUCUUUUGUGAUUCCACUGAUGGGAAACUCUAUAAAAUGUUUAAACAAUGCCAGUAUUGAUAAAUUUAGCCACAGACUUUGAGAGGUAAUCAAUGAAUAGUAUGGCUAUGUAAGGCUGAAACAAGCACAAAAUCAAUUUGAGAAAACAGCUGUGCUGUCAGAAUUAGCUUAUAUAUUAUGCACUCUGAGUGAAAAUAAUGGUGACCAAAGCAAAGUGAAGGGAUGUUUUAAAAAUUUUAAGUUCUUAUUGAGUGUUCUUGUUAAAAAUAAAACAAUGGGCUUCCAUUAGUUAUUAAAUUGCUGCACUGAAUUUGGACCAAAAUAAAAAUGCUCCAGAUAGAACUAUCUUUUA